CCGUCUGGCCGCUCCGUUUGUCCCCCUCUGAUCAACAGCUGCGGACCUUUUACGCACACACCAAACUUUGUCCAAACUCCUCCGAAAUGGAUUUGUAUCUUCUGUAAAUGUGCGUAUGAGCCGUUCAGUGUCUCCUGCGGAUAUUCGGAUAUUCCAGGACCAGUGUGCACCGCUGGAAGGAGCUGAAGUCUGGGUUCUGGGUUUGCGUAAUGUUGAGGCGUCCUCUGUUCAACAUCUGGAUUAACUAUUUGGAGUCAAGACUUAGCGGCCCUGCACAAACCUCUGACUGUCUAGCCUAUCUUGAUGGAAAGACUGCCUUCUCCCCUGGAAUUUAACUCCCUUUUGAUAACCCGGGUUUUUUGCGCGUAGAUUAUGUAUUCUUUAAAAUGGGUGCGAACAAUGGAAAACAGUAUGGAAGCGAGGGUAAAGGGAGCUCAAGCAUAUCUUCUGACAUAAGUUCGAGCACAGAUCACACACCAACUAAAGCUCCAAAGAAUGUGGCUACCACCGAAGGUCUAGACUCCAGCACCCGGACCCUCAGUACUCCCAGUCCCGGUCUCAUCCUCCCGUCCAAGUCUUCGUCUCUGUCGUCACCGGCGCUCUCCAGCAACGGCCACGAGACCAACUCCUCCUCGUCCUCCUCAGCUCUGGCCGAGACUGUGGCCGUGGUUCACCCUCAACCCGGAACUCACACGCGGUCCAGACAGUCCAAAGGCCACCACCUGGCCCCCGUAGACCUCCUCCCCGACCACACCCUCCUGCAGAUCUUCUCCCACCUCCCCACCAAUCAGCUGUGCCGCUGCGCCCGGGUAUGUCGCCGCUGGUACAACCUGGCGUGGGACCCCCGGUUGUGGAGCACCGUCCGGCUGACGGGGGAGCUGCUUCACGCCGACCGGGCCAUCAGGGUCCUGACCCACCGGCUCUGCCAGGACACGCCCAACGUGUGCCUGACGCUGGAGACGGUGGUGGUGAACGGCUGUAAGAGGCUCACCGACCGCGGGCUGCACGUGGUGGCCCAGUGCUGCCCGGAGCUACGUCACCUGGAGGUGGCAGGGUGUUACAACAUCUCCAAUGAGGCCGUGUUCGAGGUGGUGUCCCGCUGUCCCAACCUGGAACACCUCAACCUGUCAGGGUGCUCCAAGGUCACAUGUAUCAGCCUUACCCAGGAGGCCUCGCUCCAGUUAUCCCCUCUGCACGGUCAGCAGAUUUCCAUUCACUACCUGGACAUGACCGACUGCUUUUCCCUUGAGGACGAGGGUUUGCGAACUAUAGCGUCCCACUGCCCCCGUCUGACCCACCUGUACCUGCGCCGCUGCCCCAGACUGACCGACGAGGCCUUGCGCCACCUGUCUCUCCACUGCCCCUCCAUACGAGAGCUCAGCCUCAGCGACUGCCGCCUGGUGGGGGACUUCGGCCUCCGUGAAGUGGCUCGUCUGGAGGGGUGCCUUCGCUACCUGAGCGUGGCCCACUGCACCCGCAUCACAGACGUGGGCGUACGCUACGUGGCCCGCUACUGCCCGAGGCUGCGUUAUCUGAACGCUAGGGGUUGCGAAGGGCUGACAGACCACGGCUUGGGCCACUUGGCCAGGAGCUGCUCUAAACUCAAGUCCCUGGACGUGGGGAAGUGUCCACUGGUGUCGGACAGUGGGCUGGAGCAGCUGGCCAUGUACUGCCAAGGCCUGAGGCGGGUCAGUCUCAGGGCCUGCGAGAGCGUGACGGGCAGAGGACUCAAAGCGCUGGCGGCCAACUGCUGCGAGCUGCAGCUGCUCAACGUCCAGGACUGCGAGGUGUCGCCGGAGGCACUGCGGUUCGUCAGACGCCACUGCCGCCGCUGCGUUAUUGAGCACACAAACCCUGCUUUCUACUGAGAGCGCAGGGCUUCUAGGACUGGACCUCUGACAAGUGGAUGUUCUAAUAUUCCUGCUAUGGUGUUGGCAGAGUUCAGUAGCUGAUGUGUCAGAACUGGUGUGCAAUACUGACCAGAAUUUUAAAUCCGCUCGGUGGUUGUUAAUACUGUCCUUUGGAAAUACUUACAUAGAAUGUAUUUAACAUAUUUAUCUGUAAAAAGGCAGAAAAAAGUUCAGUAUUUCAGUAUAUUACAUUUGUCAACAUCACGAUUAGCAAUUUAACAACAUGCUACAACACUGAGCACUGGGUACAGCUGUGUUAGCAUUUAAAAGUAUUGUAAUAUAUUUUAUUUUAACGGUCAUCAUCUGCCUUAAGCCCAUCAAACAUAAUAAUUAUCAUACAUUAUACAGUUAUUUAUAAACAGGUAUCUUCAGACUAAACCACUAAGAAUGUAGCCACAAAGCAGCAACAACGCAGACAUGCUGAUCCACAUUAUAGUCCGGUUCACUUCCUUUUGUCUUGUGUGCAGAUGCACUUUAUGCUAUUGUACUGACAAUCACUUCAACUGAGCUCUAAUGUCAUCGGUUAAAGUUUUGUUAAAGAAAGAUGAGAAGUAUUCAGUGGAUUUGUGCUGCCAAACAGAACACAACAGGUAUGGGAUCAGUGCUGAAAAUAAACAAGAACACAUUGCUGCUAUAACUGUGCCAAUAAAUUUCUUCAAAGUC